AUGGUCACCAUCAACAUUAAAGAUCUUUUUCCCAGCAUCCCACACGAUGUUGGUCUUGACUGGUUUGGAGACUUUUUUAGCACUGAGACGAGUUUAGGUAACAACUUGACCAACUUGGUAGUGGAACUAAUGAGUUGGUUCUUGACAACAACUUCAUUUUCCACAAUGGUGAAAUAUUUAAACAGCAUCAGUUAUGGAUCAACAAUCGAAAUGCUGAGUGAUAAGUAUCAAUUCCCAUCCUUUCUAAGGACGAUGCCAAAUGAUAAAUUUCAGUUCCCCGUCCUAGCCCGCUUAGUCAAACACUUUGGUUGGGACUGGAUAGGCAUUGUAGCAUCUGAUAAUGAGUAUGGUAUUCUUGGCAGCCAGAAUCUGAAAAGGGUUCUUGCACUUAAUGGAGUUUGUACUGCAUUUACAGAAAUAAUUUCAUUAAGUAACCCACAGAAAAGUGCCCAUCUAGCUGUUGAGGUUGUCAAAAAAUUCUCAGUGACUGUUGUUAUUGCUUAUGCUACAAUAAAUGAGCUUAUGCCAUUCAUGGAGGAGAUAAACAAACAAAAUGUUACAGGUAAAGUCUGGCUGGCCACAGUUGGUUGGAUGUUUACCUUAGUUUUCACAAUAAAAGAAUUAUGGAAAAGUCUGAAUGGUACUUUAGGACUUGCAGUCCACAGAGGGCUGGUUCCUGGGAUGAGUGAGUUUUUUCUCAGUCUACACCCUUACAUAUUUCCAGAUGAUAUUUUCAUUAGAUCUUUCUGGGAGGAAAUAUUUGGCUGCCAUUGGCCAACUGGCAAUAGUUUACAGGAUGCUUUCAGAAACCAAACACAGAAUGUUUGCACGGGUGUGGAACAGCUGGAAAAGUAUCACUUGACUAAAUUUAAUAUGCCUAAUUUUCGAUAUACUUAUAAUAUCCAUAAGGCAGUAAAUGCAUUAGCACAUGGCUUACAUGAUCUGAUCUUAUGCAAAAUCAGUAAUGGAACUUUUGGUAACACAACAUGUUCUACCACUGACAGCUUUAAACCAUGGCAGCUUUUACAUUAUGUAAGGAAUGUGUCUUUCAAUGACAGUUCUGGCGAGACAAUAUAUUUUGAUAAAAAUGGAGACUCCCCUGCUGUGUAUGACAUUGUGAACUUUCAAGUAUCCAGUGACAAUACGAUGACUAAAUAUGUUCAAGUUGGCUAUUCUGAUUCCCGUCUUCCUCUAGGAUGUGAUAUCUUCAUUAACAACAGCCUGAUUUUAUGGAGUACAGGCAACACCCAGAUCCCACACUCAGUCUGCAGUGAACCUUGCCCUCCUGGAUUUAGAAAAGUUGUCCGCAGAGGAGAACCAGCUUGUUGCUUUGACUGCACUCCAUGUCCCAAGGGAGAAAUUGCCAAUGAAACUGGUGCUAGUAACUGUUUUAGAUGCCCUGAAGACCAGUGGCCAAAUGAGAAGCAGGAUGCCUGUAUCAAUAAAUUUGUUGAAUUUCUUUCAUAUGAAAAUGCACUUGGCGCAUCUCUGACCAGUGCCACAGUAUUUUCUUCUCUAAUUACCAUUUCUGUCCUGUGCACCUUCAUUAGACAUCGAUACACUCCAGUUGUGAAAGCCAACAACCGUGAACUUAGUUAUCUUAUUCUCAUUUCCAUGGUCUUGUGCUUCCUGUGUCCCUUGAUGUUCAUUGGUCAACCACAAUCAGUGACAUGUCUGCUUCGUCAAACUGGAUUUGGAGUAAUAUUCUCCAUCUCAAUUUCUGGGAUAUUAGCUAAAACCAUUACUGUAGUCAUUGCCUUUAAAGCAACAAAGCCUGACAGCAAGUUAAGGAAAUUUGCAGGCCCAAAAACUCCUUACUAUGUUGUGUUGUGUGGUACUCUUGUGCAAGUCAUCAUAUGUAUCAUUUGGCUGACAACUUCUCCUCCAUUUCCUGACCUGAACAUGAAGAAUGAAGAACAUAAAAUUAUACUUGAAUGCAAUGAGGGUUCAGUAAUCAUGUUCUACUGUAUGCUGGGAUACCUAGGCCUUUUGGCCAGUGUUAGUUUUAUUGUGGCUUUUCUAGCGAGGACAUUGCCAGAUAGUUUUAAUGAAGCUAAAUUUAUCAGCUUCAGCAUGAUUCUAUUUGUUAGUGUUUGGCUGUCAUUCAUACCAGCAUAUCUCAGCACAAAAGGAAAGUAUAUGGUGGCUGUAGAGAUUUUUGCCAUCAUUGUGUCCGGGGCUGGAACAAUAGUUUGUAUGUUCAGUCCCAAAUGUUACAUCCUUAUUCUGAAACCCCAUUUAAACACUAGACAAUACCUAACAGGAAGCACAAAUUCUACCAAUAUAUAG